CCAUUUUUUUCUCAGUGGAUAAGAGCGGCUCGAGGAGCUGCAGCCGGAGCGACACGCGCCCACGAGAGCGCACACCUAAUGUUUAUGGUAAUGUUAAUUCGACCGAAAGUAAACAGCAGCAACCACAACGAAGUAAGGGACGCAAUAAAGGUCCACACGGUCGGUGGACCGGGUUUUCCGCGGUCGUAGGGCUUCGUUUUGCACGCUGCUGUAGAAAAUUCCUGCGCAUUCCUCCACGCAGAGAUCCACAGAGGGAGACCAACCAACACACUCAACGGGGAAGGAUCGCUGGAAUCGGCCUCUUUACAAGGCGGACUGUCUGCAGAUGGCUUCGUUUCCAGACUCGGACCUGCAGACGUGCCCGCUCUGCAAGGAGCUGUGCGGCUCCUCUGCUCCUAUUUCCUCAAGCUCUUCUACCUCCUCAUCUUCCUCACAUACCUCGUGCUCCUCCAGCCAGACCACCAGGAGGCUCCACGUCCUUCCCUGUCUCCAUGCCUUCUGCAGGCAGUGCCUGGAGGGCCAGCGGAGUCCUGGGGACCCACUGAAGCUUCGGUGCCCCACUUGUGACCAGAAGGUGUCCAUUUCUGAGGCCGGGGUGGACUCCCUGCCUUCCUCCAAUUUCCUCUUCAGCAACCUGCUGGAUGUGGUGGUGAGCUCUGAGGAGCAGAUCCAGAACAAGAACGGUCACCACCACCACCGGGGAGGUCUAGGUGUAGGCUCCUCCAGCUUCCAUCUCCCCCAUGGAAGCCUGCUGCACCCUCACCACCUUGGAGAGCCUCAAUGCAGCUCCUGUGACGAGGAGAAUCCUGCCACAUCCCACUGCAUCGACUGCCAGGAGUAUCUGUGUGACAACUGUGUGCGGGCACACCAAAGGGUGCGGCUGACCAAAGACCACUUCAUCGAGCGCCUGGGCGACAACCUCCACCUCAGCCGGAUCAAUGCCAACAGCAACCCGGGUCAACCAGGGGUGUCGGUGUCCCUCGCCCAGUCCCUGCAGAACAACUUUGCCCUGCUGUCCCUAUUCCAGGACCGCAUGAGCUUCUGCCAGCACCAUGACAAUGAGGUAUUUCUCUUCUUCUGUGAGACCUGCACCGUGCCUAUCUGCAGGGAGUGCAGUGUAGGCCGUCAUAUGGGCCACACCUUCGUUUAUCUACAAGACGCUGUACAGGACUGCAGGGCCAUCACCAUCCAGCUGCUGGCAGAUGCACAGCAGGGGCGACAGGCUGUGCAGCUAAGCAUGGAGAAGGUCCAGGCCAUGGCAGAGCAGGUGGAGAUCAAAGCUAAGGUGGUGCAGACAGAAGUGAAGGCCCUUGUCCUCCGACACAAGAAAGCGCUGGAGGAGAGAGAGUGCGAACUACUGUGGAAGGUGGAAAAGAUCCGUCAGCUGAAGGCCAAGUCGCUGUACUUGCAGGUGGAGAAACUGCAUCAGAGUCUGACCAAGCUGGACAGCACCAUCGCUGCUGUGAGCCAGGUGCUGGAUGAGGGCCGCCACCUCGACGUGCUGCUGGCCAGGGAGCGAAUGCUCACCCAGAUCCAUGAGCUGAAGGCUUUGAGGGGUCUGCUGCUGCCACAAGAGGAUGACCGCUUCAUGUUCACUCCUCCAGAUCAGGCUCUGUACAUAGCCGUCCAGGCCAUGGGCCUCAUCAGCAGUGGAGCAUUUGCCCCGGUCACCAAAGCCCAUGGUGAGGGUCUAAAAAGCGCACUUCGUGGCAAGCCUGCCUCCUUCACUGUGAUUGGAUAUGACCAUGACGGUGAACCACGCCUGUCCGGCGGGGACGCAGUGUCUGCGAUCGUAAUGUCUGUCACAGAUGGUAACCUGUCUGCAGCGGAGGUAUCAGACCACCAGAACGGCUCUUACACGGUCAGCUACCUUCCCAAGUGUGAGGGGGAGCACCUUGUGUCAGUGUUGGUGUGUAACCAGCACAUCCAGGGCAGCCCCUUCAAGGUGAUCGUCAAGUCGGGGCGGAGCUACGGCUCCCUGGGCUCCCAAGUGUCAGCGUUUGGGUGCGAGGGGGAGGGAGAUGGUCAGCUGUGUCGUCCCUGGGGCAUCAGCGUGGACAAGGAGGGAUACGUGGUGGUGGCUGAUCGGAGCAACAACCGUAUACAGAUAUUUAAGCCUUGUGGUGCCUUCCACCAUAAGUUUGGCUCUCUGGGUUCUCGGCCUGGUCAGUUCGAUCGUCCAGCAGGGGUUGCAUGUGACAGUCAGAGACGAAUCAUUGUGGCUGAUAAGGACAAUCACCGUGUGCAGGUGUUUACAUUUGAGGGCCAGUUCCUGCUGAAGUUUGGGGAAAAGGGUACCAAGAAUGGGCAGUUCAACUAUCCCUGGGAUGUGGCUGUCAAUUCUGAGGGUAAGAUCCUGGUCUCAGACACCAGGAACCAUCGUGUGCAGCUCUUCGCCCCUGACGGCUCCUUCCUCAACAAGUACGGCUUUGAGGGGGCCCUGUGGAAACACUUUGACUCUCCCAGAGGAGUGGCUUUUAACCACGAAGACCACCUGGUGGUGACAGACUUCAACAACCAUCGGCUGCUCGUCAUCCGGCCAGACUGCCAGUCAGCCCGCUUCCUGGGCUCAGAGGGCACCGGGAAUGGACAGUUUCUACGUCCCCAGGGUGUCGCUGUGGACCAGGAGAACCGCAUCAUCGUGGCCGACUCCCGCAACCACCGAGUCCAAGUGUUCGAGCCCAAUGGAAACUUCUUAUGCAAAUUUGGCACACAGGGGAGCGGCUUUGGACAGAUGGAUCGCCCCUCCGGCGUGGCUGUGACACCUGACGGCGUUAUUGUGGUCGUUGACUUUGGAAAUAAUCGCAUCCUCAAGUUCUAAACAAACGUUUAUUCUCUCCCUCUGUUUGCUCUUUUGCAGUUUUUUUUUUUUUUUUUGAUGAAGGAAAUGGAGGAGAGAGAAUGAAUCAACAGACACAACUGGAGGAGAGCUCGGGGAGGUUUGAGAGCAGGUUGAAGUGAAGGGAAAUUAAAACUGAACAUGAUAAUUUUUUUCAUUAACAUUGAUCUUCUCCCAAUCAAAUAACUGUGGUAUGCAUUACAAAGGGGACCUCUACAAAUUGAUAAUCAGUAGAAUGAAGAGCCAUAUUUCCCUUCCUCAGGCUCCACUGCUCUGAAUCCUCUCUGCAGCUCUCCUCAAGUAUCCAUCUCAGGGAUUUUCUCACUUUUCUUGAAAUCUUGUACCCUCUGCUCCAAACCUACCUCAUUUAGCUCUUUAUGAAUGUACUCAUAGUAACUGAGCAGAGGUUUUAGUCCGUGAAGUUUUACAAAGAAGAAAAGUCUACCUCUAUACUUUGUUAUUUAAGAGAGACAAAAAAGAAUGGACUGUUGAGUUGAUAUUUGCACAGGAUUAAUGGAAUUCUUGCUGUGCAUUUGAAAUAUGAGUUAAAGUGAACCUCCUGAAUGUUGUUGCUGAGACAAUACUCAGACCGCUGUAGAGGCUGCAUGAUUUAUUCUCAUUCGUGGGCUUUGCUCAGAGAGGAAACAAGGGUACAAUAGUGUCCUUUCCACGUUUUUUAGGCAACUUAGUGUUUUGCUUAUGCAGCAACCCUUUUCUCUUUGAAGAUCAUAGUGUUAUGAUAGCCUAAAGAGAGUGCCCGAAGCAAUGCCAAACUUCAUAGAAUUAAAAUUAGCUCAGGUCAUGGUAGGACUUAAGACGAUCCUUGCUUUUCGGACUCUCCCUCUAGCUUUACGAGCUGAUGAUGAUAUGAUGAAAAUAUAGAUACAUUUCCCUCUGAAAUGAUCCCUCUGUUAAACUUAUCCAAAGUGUUUGCUCUUUCGUACUCCCUCUCUCCCCUCACUGUCUGUAAGACUGGAUGAACUAAGUGUUCAUGUCUAGUCAACAUGAAAAUCUAGGAUGCAAGGAGAGCAGCGAGUCCUUAGAAUUGGAGGACCCACCAAAGGAUUUUGGAGAUGGAUUUUCCAAGAUCUUAAUCUAUUAGUGAUCUUAAUCUAGAGAUUUAAUCAUUUAAUUAAAUGACACCUUUUUGAUGAGGCAUGCUGUGUGACAAAAGCCUCAGUAGACAACUAAUUUGGCUGUCCAGAGGACGUUAAUGACCUCACAAGAAAGACACCGAUAAUAACAACUCUUUGUUUUGAGCUGGUGGUUGAAAGCCACCCGCUUUGGCUCCUGGGGCCGAGGAUUUAGUCCAGUUCAAUGAGAGGGUGUGAUCACAAAGCCCUGGCUUAUUUAUUAAUCCUCAAAGAUGGGGGAACCUCCCCAUGUGAGACCGAUUCCUCUAGAGAUGGAGGUCUAAAGACCAACUAUUGGAGUCAACCAAAGUUAGAAUUUCUGCACAAUGUCCAACUGUAGAUAUGGCAAUUAAAUAAACUAAACCCCCUUUUAAACAUUUUCCUAAAUAAUCAUUGUUGCCUGUCACUGAAAAAUUCAUAAAACCCAUGCAGUUGAGUCCUCGUCAAUGUUAGACUUAGAAGCAUAAAGUGUGUGUAGGUCACAGGUAGUUGACCAUAAGUAUUUUCACAUCCUCUAAGACCAAGACCUUUGUUGCUGAGGCAGGUUUUGAAAGAAGAUCCCUUUUGUCUCUCGGCGGACAUGUCUGAGUAGAAAGCAGGAGAUACCCACACCAAAGAGAAACCCUCCUCCUGCAGACCAGAUAAAUAUUAGACAGCCCAAAGGCUCAAAGUAGCGUCUCAGAUUAACCUUUGUGUCCCCGUAUAAUCACCAUAGAAAGUCAUAGUUACUAACUGUUAGUGGUUAAAGCAUUGUGGGGUUUUGAAUCCCCUUGCCCUUGUUUCAAUCUGUGUCCCAUGGAAAGCACUAGACAAUUAAGGUUCUUUUAGCCACUUUCUUAGCCUAGCAAAGAAUCUUGGGACUUCUGAAAGAUUUACUGACUGGCUCUCACCUCUGAGGAGACAGCCCGUCUGCACAUGACCAGGAUUCCCAUCGUCAUAGCUCAGAUAUCCUGUUUUACCUCCCUCCUCUUUUACCUCAUGAAUACCUCAAACAUGUCACUCAUGGCUACUGUGCAUUUUAACAUUCAAAUACCUCAACUUCUUACGCAUUCUGAAUACCUCAUUUUCACUUUUGUAUUUAAAUAUACCUUGUCAUAUAUUUAUGCAUAACAGAUAUACCUCAUUCUUUAAAUCAUCUGUGUUACAGUACAGUUCAGUACAUGUCCCAUAGCUCUUGGACCAAAGAUCAUGGUACUAUUUUGAGUUGAAAUUAAAUUUGUAUUAUGGUCAUCGCUCUAUCUUCCAACCCUGAGCAGCCUUCGGGUUGUUCAUUCUGCUGUAAUUGCCUGGUUAUCUUUGCCUUUUAUCAACAAGAAACCAAAUAUUUCAGAUGAAAGCAUUGUGCCAAAAUAAUCUGUGAGAGGUCUGUGCCAAACAGGGUUGGCAUUUGGACCACGCUGUUGUCGACGACAAAUGUCACUGGACCAUAAUAUCAUAGAUACAAAUGUAAAAUCAGAGCACCUGAGAAUAAAUCGUGCUCUCUGAUUGGAUGCACUUAAGAGGGCUGGGCCCUGCUUAUCUUUACCUCAUGAUUAUGUUGUUAACAUGCAUACUCCACUUGUACUUUGUUACUGUGUACAAGGGGUGACAGGAAGAGGAAGUGGCCUCUUUACAGAGUUAAGAACUUUACAAAUCUGCCUUUGAACACUCAAGAUAUACCUCGAAUUCAGCACAACUUACCACCAUCUCAGUGAGGGUUUUAGGAUACUUGAUGUUGGAUGUUUAGGACCUUCAGACCAGUGUGAACCCAACCAUUCUCACUGUGUGGUUUAAACAAACACAUCAUAGGAUUACUCCUAACAGGUGACAGCAGGCUGAGUUUAUAUUUAAGUAGAGCAAUUAGCACAUUGAUUGCGAGCCAGUUUGAUUCCUCGGAUGCUUCGAACCCAACAGAAGAUGUUUUUUUGUUUUUCAGUAUUACUCUGUGAAAUGUUCAUUCAUGUUGCAUCAGUUUUUUAUUAAUAUUGCAGAAUUCUAUCUUUAAGAUCCUUAGGUCUUCACUCUUAAAGAGGAGAAAUAUAUUUUAGACUUUUUUUUUUCAUUUUGUUGCAUGCUUUAAAAGUCCUUGUAUUAUACCGAUGUCUCUCAGAUAGGUGUUGCAAAACUCAGAUGGGGUGGGUAGCUGACUAUUGGGAUGGUUUUUACCAAAAUAUAUACCCAAAGAUUUGUAUGUGUGUGUUUAGGAUUAUGUUGGAUGGAAUUAACCUUUGACCUUUGCGAUUGUAUUCCCUGUCCUGAAGAGGCUCUGCAGAGUACAACCUGUUUGGCCAGUCCUUCCUCCUUUCCUGAGAAACAAUGGAGGCAGAGCGUUCAGAUGAAUGCUAAAGGCUGGCAUGCUCCUGGACCAUUAGUGCUUAGUUUUCUCCCUCAUAUAUGCAUAAUAUGUGUCAACAUAUUACCAUAUUCUCCUUUACACUCAAAGCCCUGGAACAUGUUGAAGCUGUAAAAGCUUCCUGCUGGGCAUAGAUUAACCUUAACAAUAAUGAUGAAUCCAUGGGGUGUCUUUUUUUGUUUGACUUGGUAAUGGAGCUUCCUCACAUUUCUGUGAGGAGCAGCUAGGUUUCUCCAGCACAAACUAGCAACUAGCCCUCUUCCUCCUCUUUCUUACAAUCCAGGAAGUGUUUGUGAUGGCUGCUGAGCUUGUGACUGGUCGACUGCACUCCUGCUCAGCAUUUUUGUUUUUUGUUUUUUAAAGGGCCCCUGUAGUUGUUGUCCACCAUUUUAUUUCUGGCCUCUCAUGGCUUUAAGAUUUAAAAAAAAAAAAAAAGCAAAAAAAAAGCAAAGCUGCACCGGUUGGUGUGUGCAAGGUCGUAGACCUCCUUUAAAUGAUUGUAUACUCUAAAGAAAGAAAGAAAAAAGGUUGGAAAAUUUAGAAAGGAAAAAAAUAAAUAAAACUCAGGUAGUUUUCAGCAGCCCUGCCUUGCAGGUGUCUCUUUGAAACGUGUCCCGUAGUGAUGAUGUAGUAACCUUUUUCCCUGUUAUGAGCUCUCAUUUCUAGUCUGAUUCUUUUGUGUGUCCCAUUUACAUAUAUUAUAAAAAAAAUCUAAAUCAGAAACAAUAAGGCUUUUAAUUACUUUUCCUGAUUGUUUUCUCUCUUUUUUUUUUGCCAAUUUUAUUUUCGUUCACAAAAUAGUACAAAUAAGUCUCACCACUCGAUGCUCAUUGGCCCUUUUAGAAUGUAUUUUUGUGAAGAAAGGGGUUAAAUGGGAUCUUGUUGACGCACACUUGCUACAACCUGCUGCUGGCACAAGAGACAAGAAGUACUAAAUUUCUCUCAACAUUUUGUGCUGAAUGUUCAUCACCAGCAAUACUUAGAGUAUUAGGUGGAAUCAUAUGGUAUGUAGUGGAACAUACAGCACAGUGUUUAUGUAUAAACCAGCUUUGAUAUCAGCCUCUCAGAUGAGGGUUGUUUGGCCUGAGGGGACAACAGCCAGCUCAUCUUGUCCAAACUCUGGUUUCCGUUGUCUCGUUCUCCCAGCAGCUGAUUGUGUGUGGAGUGUGUAGAGUGUUUGUGCGCUUCAUCUGUGUUGUCUAAGCAGAAAUCCACUGAAUGUAUCCUCCUAACAGUCCAAGAGGCAGGGAGAGCCAGUGUGGCCAGCUGAGUUUAGAUGGGUGCUGCUGGCGCUUCCUCAGCCAGGUCUGUGUGUGUGUUUAUCAGUCAAACCUUGUUCGUAUGUGUGUUUGCCAGCACACCUUCCCUCCCUUUUAACACACACGCACACGCUGAGUGAAGUGCAGAUGUCAGGUCUUCAGUCUAAAUAAGGCACAGGAGACUAUAAUAUAUUGGUCACCUGCUCUCUCUCUGUAAUCUGUGGACUUUAAACAUUUCCUAUGCAGUUUUUUGUUUGCUUUUUUGUUUACACUUAAAUAAAGUUGUAUUUCUUUGACUUCAAAA